CUCCACUGCUGAGAGGAGAGAAAUCACCUAAUUAUCUAAUUUACUACUAACUUCACCUCACUAUUGAGUAGUGUUGUGAUGAACGUCAGAUUUUUUUAUUUGAAAUUUGGAUAAACUUAUGAAAAUCCUGGCGAUUUGCUGUUCGCACUCGCAAUGACAGUGCGAAAAUAUAAUUAAUAUCGACAACACGUAAAUAAACUUUGCGACGUAAUUGUGAGUUUUUUUAAAAAAUCACAGCCUAAUUUUAAAAUAUCUAGAUGACAAAAAGAUCUUGACGUUUUGUUUAUCAAUCGCAAACUUCACUUUCACUGUCAGUCGGUUUCCCAGUUGUGUUAUUUUUUUAUUAUUUUCUGGCUGUCAUAACAUAAUAGUGGUUGUUGAGUAAUGUGCGUAGUCCUUAUUUGUUUAUAGAGAAAAAAUGGCAAAAGAUUGUGUAAAAAUCUAGAAAAAUGGGUGCAAAAGAUUCGAAACGGACUUGUCUAAGCUACGAAGAUGCGGUCAAACGGAUGUCAGAUGCUGAAUUCAAGCGAGUUUGCGAAGCUUUCAAGCGACUCACCAACGGCGGUACCCUUUUAGGCCAAGCAGCAUUUGCCCAAAAUGUUUUGGGCGAUGGGGUACCAGCCCUGAUUGUCGAAAGGUUGUACACCGCUUGCGGAGGCGGCCCCAGAGGCAUAGCCCUUAGAGAUCUAAUUUGUGGUUUGGUGUUGUUGACCAAAGGGUCUCAAGAUGAGAAAAUCAGAUUUCUCUGGACGUUGUAUUGUAAUGAUCCGGGCACCUACAUUACACGUAACGAAUUCCAAACGGCCUUGCAGAUGGAGGGGACGCUGCCGCCCCCUGACGGGGGCACACAAAAACCCAACGCUAAUUGGGAUCGUACCUUGAUUUCGUUGUUCGGAGUGGGGCAGGAGAAGGUGGGAUUUGAGGAUUUCAAGGCCUGGGUUAAGUAUGACAAGGAUUCAACUAUUUUGUCUAAAUGGCUUCUCUCGAACCCCUGCGUAUCUCUCAGCUCUGAAGUGGAAACACCAACUUUCUAUCAAACCUUAGCCGGAGUCACUCACUUGGAAGAACAAGACAUUUCGGAAUUGGAAAAAUGUUUUUGGACUAUACAAGGCUCUUCGGUUACAGGUCAUUUGGAUUUCAACUGUUUAUUGUCUUUGGUAUGCCCACCUGUACCUGCGAAAGCUUGCAGAGGGUUAUUUUUGGCUUUAGAUGUUAACAGAGACGAGCAUAUUGAUUUUAAAGAACUGUGCUGUGGGAUAUCUGCUGCUUGUAGGGGACCAAUGGCUGAAAGAAUGAAAUUUUGUUUCAAAAUAUUUGACAUGGACCGGGACAAUUAUCUUAACUAUGAGGAAUUGGAAAAUAUGAAGCAAACAUUACUUUUUAUAGCCAAUGAAAACAAACUCACUUUUUCACAUCAAUUCUUCCUUGAACAGCCUCAUAGCUAUUUAGAAUUGGACCCAACUCACAGUAGAACCUUGGAAUCCCUCAACAAAAAGUUGGACGCUAAAAACGGCCUAACCCAAGAAGACUUUCUAAUGUGGGCUGUAGAGGACAACAGUCUAGUAGCCCCUCUGUUGGAAUUAUUGUUCCAAGUAUGCCAUGUUUCCCUAGGAUUGAAACCUUAUUGUAGACAUAAUGAAUAUGAAAUUGUCCAAGGCUGGUUGGAACGUGAAGAACGUCGUGGUUAUCUGGUAGGACAAUUUUGGUACCUGAUAUCUUCUGAUUGGUGGCAACAAUGGCAACAUUAUACAACAGCUGCAAGGAUGAAUUCGGAUCAUUGUCAUUGUCGCAUAGAGCCUAGAGGAAUCAUAGAAGAAGGCAUUGUAUGUGAUGAAACUCUAGUCAGUAACACUACGGAUUAUACUUCAAACGAGUUUAAUUCUAAUAGCAUGGAGUCUAUGGGGGAUUUAUUGAGUAGAGGAGAUAGUUGCAGCAUUGCCUCAAGCUCUGGCGUAUCAAGUAGCUCGGGGACGGCUUCAAAACGCGGCCUAGGACCUCCAGGCUCCAUAGACAACAGCAACUUGGUCUCGGAAAGUACCUACAAAGUGCCCACAUUAACUGGGGAAGGAGGACGUUUGAAACGCGACACGCCUCUAGUGCAACACAGAGAUUUUGAGCUUGUGCCCGAUUCGUUAUGGAAAGCGUUGUCAAUGUGGUAUGGAGGGCCUUUGCCAUUGCCAAGGCAAGUUAUCAAGCCUCCUGGCCGGUCGGAUGUCGAGUUGGAAUUGUAUCCGCUCAAUCUGAGGAUUUUGAGGCAUCAGAUACAGCAUAAUAUUGUUAGUAAUGCUUCGAGUUGGAGUAGUGUGGUGGGAGGUUAUGGUGCAUUGACAACAGCAGGUCUUCCAACUUCAUCCCCAGUAUCCUCAAUCAGACGAAACUUAGAUCACGUAGCUGCUUUUUCACGUUUGGCCACUAUCCAACAAGUAACCGACUUCUUAUGUGAACAUUUAUCGAUUAAAAACGAAGACGCUCGUCUUUGGCUCUUGCGCGACCAUCAACAGCCGUUUUUAUUGGAAGACGAGCGAGCCCAUCUCCAGGAUUUAGGCAUCAAAGAUUCUGAACAAAUAUUGCUUGAAGUGCGAAAUAAAGAUCUUACAUGGCCGGAGGAACUGGGGCAAUUAGCUCUUGGUGGAAAUCAUGAAUCUGUCCUAGCAGAGCGUAGGCCUACUAUAUAUUUACCUCCAGGUGCUACAGGGCUACAUAAUCUUGGAAAUACGUGCUUUAUGAACGCAGCUUUGCAAGCUGUUUCAAAUACUAGGCCUUUGACUAUGUAUUUUCAACAAGAUAAUCAACUUUCAGAGUUAAAUUCUAAUAAUCCUGAUAGUACUAAGGGGGCAGUGGCUAAAAAAUAUGCUGAACUUUGCAGGGAAUUAUGGGCUGGUUCUACAAGAAGCGUCGCUCCACUUAAACUUAGAUAUUGUGUUUCAAAGUUUGCUCAGCACCUUAGUGGAGGAGGCCAACAUGAUGCACAAGAACUGCUAGCUUGGCUCUUAGACGCACUUCAUGAAGACCUAAACAGGGUUCCAAAGAAACAGUAUAUUGAGCAAAAGGACAGUGAUGGCAGGCCAGAUGAAGUAGUAGCAGAUGAGGCUUGGCAAUAUCAUUUGAAACGGGAAAAUUCGAUUGUCACUGACCUGUUUCAUGGGCAACUUAAGAGCAAGGUAACCUGUAUGACUUGUGGUCACGAAUCGGUCAAAUUCGACCCAUUCAACCACCUAAGUCUACCCCUGCCCAUGGAAAGUUACACUCUAUGCGAAGUCCUAGUAGUACGAUUGAACGGCCAGACACCAAUCAAAUACGGCUUAAGAUUGAACUCUGAAGCUAAAUAUGGUGAAUUAAAGAAGCAACUCAGUAAUAUAUGCGGCGUCGAAGAUAAACGAUUAUUAUUGGCCGAAGUUGCCAGCUGCCAAGUGAGAUCUCUACUUGCAGAUGAAAGUCGAAUAAACCCAAACACAGCUUUGGAGUUGUUCGCUUACGAACUACCAAGCGAUUUAAGUGAGUUGGAGGGAGAGAAAGAUGAGGCUGAAGGAGACGGAGAUAUUGAGACAGAGGCUUCGACGGGUGCUACUGACAGCCCCCUUGCCCGCAGCCCAGAGGUAAGGAGUGGUUCGGCCAUUUGCAUGCCCAACAUUCUAUGCUUUAAGACUAAAAAAGAACCACCACUGAACAAUGCCAUACCGUUCAAAAGGUCUACGAUUUCGUUACAUUCCAACGCUUCAUCCACAUCAGGUGGGUUCGAUCCAUCUAAUCUGAAACGUCCACCAUCCUACCUGAUCGCUGUGCACCGCAAGACUGUGCGACAAGACACCUAUUUCCUCUCCCAACAAAAAAGCAAACCCAGCCUCUUUGGAAUGCCCCUUUUGCUAGGCUGUAGCUCCACGACCACUUGUAGAGAUUUAUACGAUUUAGUUUGGGGCCAAGUCACCAGGCUUUUAAGCCCUAUGCCUCAAAGUGAUCAGACCAAUCAUGCUACCGACUGUGAUGACUCACUGGGUUACGAGUUUCCGUUCACCCUGAAAGCUGUCUUGGCUGGAGGACAAAUCUGUGCCAUUUGCCAUUGGACGAAAUUUUGUAGAGGCUGUGCCUUGCCUUCUAGAGAUGAUCCUUUGCUGUAUAGAUGUGGUGGACCUACUAAUGCUCAAACUAUGUAUAUUGCCAUUGAUUGGGAUCCUACAGCGUUGCAUUUGCGAUAUCAAACUAGCAGAGAAAAGUUAUGGAUUGAAGAUGAAUCGGUUGCUAAAUAUCGUAAACUUCACACUGAACCAAUUGAUUUGGAUUAUUGUCUCAAAGCUUUCACCUCGGAGGAAAAAUUGCAAGAAAAAUACCAUUGUAGUAGGUGUAAUGAUAAACAACCAGCCACUAAAAAAUUGCAAAUAUGGAAAUUGCCUCCGAUAUUGAUAGUUCAUUUGAAACGUUUCGAUUAUGUCAAUAACAAAUGGGUUAAAACCCAAAAAGUAGUAAAUUUUCCAUUUAAGGACUUUGAUCCUACUGCUUAUCUUGCCUCAGUGCCCCAGGAAACCAUCCUCAGGCACCGUCAGCUGUUAGAGCAGCGACAAAAAGAAGACGCAGACGAUAAAGUACAAAAAAUCUUGGAGGAUGUAAGUGAAGCUUCCCUGUCAAGCACCCGGAGCAGUAUCCAAGAAAGUUCGAACCUUUUAAAGGACUCAAAUAGCCUCAUGAAGAUUCAAUGUGAUAGUAACGAUAAGCAACCAAUAGUUAGUGAUAAGCAAUAUGAAAAAAAUAACGUAAGUGGUGCACAAUGUAGUCGGGAGGACUGUACAUUGUUGAUGUGCGGAGAGGCGGGUAAUGAAGGCUGUGCUUCAGAAGAGAGUGGUAGGCUUAAUGGGAAGGAUGAAGUAGAUAGGGUAUCAACCAAUACACCAAAACAACGACCUGAAAGGUUGAACAAAGUCCGGUCCAGGCUCAUAUCAACAAGCCUCAUCAAAACUCCGAUAAUCGAUGAAAACCUGCGCGAUUACCACGAACACAAACUAAUAGACGGCCAGGAUCCAUUUGAUUUGAAAUAUCAACUCUAUGCCGUAGUGAGCCAUUCUGGUCUUCUCAACGGCGGCCACUACAUUUCUUAUGCAUGCAACCCCAAUGGUAACUGGUACUGUUACAAUGACAGUUCGUGUCGUGAAGUUAUCGCUGAACCAGACGUUUCAAGGUCUAGUUUGUCGCUUAGCAGCAAAAACUCGUCUUCUGGAUGCACUCCUUUGGGUAGAAGAAAAUAUCCACCUGGAAGUCAACAACAAAGAAAAGGAAGUACUGGUUCAACUGAUUCAGAGCGAGCGGCUCCAUUGGCCACAGUGGACACUUCCAUCGGAUCAUCGGUUAGUGCCAUAGAUAGUGGCAAUGCCUCAGAUUCCGGAGAGCGUAGUUCCAUAAAUGGCAAUAAAACCGCAAAUUCACCUUGUCCCAGUAGAAUGUCUACUAGCGGUAGCACUAGCAGCGUUAACAGCACCAAUAAUGGCUAUAGAUGCCCCUAUAACAAUGCGAAAAUUCCUAGGAUAGAUACCAGUUCCGCGUAUAUUCUGUUCUAUGAAAGGUCUGGAUUGGAUUAUAAACCUUAUUUGCCUAAAGUGGUACCGCAAGGGGAAAAUGGACUUUCCACCUCGGAGGAUCUGGACGAAAGCGAGAGCGACCUACAGUCAUCCAAGUCGCUCCCAGAACGUUCGCCAGUCCUGAAAUGGAUCCGAGAUAAAUUUUCUACAUAACGCCUAAUAAAGCACCCCAAACUAAAAAUGUUCCCCAUAUAGACUGAUGUGAUGUUUUAGUUUUUUCGAGCUGUUAUUUAUUUAUUAUUUUUUUUGUAAGUUUUGCAGGAUUUUAGAAUCUUUCGUUUCAAACAAUUAACAAGUUGAUCUGUAUUGAUGAAAUUGAUAAAAUAUGGGAUAAUUCGAUAUACAAUUAAAAAAAAAUUCGCUAGUGAGAUUAGAUUGUGAAAGCGAAGUUUUUUUUUUUUCAAAUCUCAAGCCAUUCUUUUGACCAUAUCAGUGGAGUCUUGUGUUACAGAAUUAAACUUAAAAAUACUCCUUUUAGUAGUAGCUUUCGUUAAAACUUUAAAAGUUUAUAUAUAUAUAUAUUUUUUUUUUGUUAAAAAAUAUUGUUAUUACGUGUUUUUAUUCCUGUAAUCAUUAUGUGCCGAGAGAUGUUUUUAGUAAAUUAUAGUUAAUUUAUUUUGGUUAUGUUACUAUUUUUUUGAGUUUCAUGUACACAUUUUUGUGUGCUUCCUGGUACAAUAGGUAAUAAAUCCUCCAGCCCAAAUACAUAAACUCAUUCAACCUUCGAAAAUGUCAUAAAUAAUUAGUCUAAGAGCUAAAAUAAUCAAUAUUCCCAGUGAUUUAUCAAUAAUAAUAAUAAUUGCUGAUUCACAUCGCACAUAAUUUAUUAGCUCUGAGACAAUAAUUUUUACUGCUUUGCAAAAAAACAAAAACCCAAACAGGUAUUUUCUUAUUAAUUAUAGUAGUUUAGGUUUAGGUGAACCAAAGAUAUUUUGUUUUAAAUGUGAAAUAAAAAAUGACCACAGAAUAUCCGUGUUGGAUCUUUCAAAAUUACAUUAUGAUCAAGAAAUGGUUAAUGUAAAUUAUGUAUAAUAUUUUACAACCUAGUCUGAUAUUUCGAGUAAAUUUGUAAGAGUAUUUUUAUUUUUCACAAGAAAAAUACUGCUGGUGUAAAGAACAUAAAAUAUUCCAAUUUUUUUUUAAGUGUAAUAAUGUUAUUGUAAUAUUAUUAUUGGUGCCAUUAUAUUAUAAAUAAAGCUUGUAUAUUGUUUAUA